AUGCAGCUCAUUUUCGAUUUCUUCAUCGCCCUCGGAGUUUCGACUAUGCUAGCAUCUGCGCUUCUGCACUUUCUACCCGAAGUUCUAGGGAUCACGACUCCAGAAGGAUACGUUCAUGCGGUUGAGAAAUUGUCGGUCGUCAUUGGCAUCAUUUACGUUUUUUGGAAUGAGCUCAACGAGCGUCCUGAAUUACAGGAAGAUAUUUCUAACAAAGAAAGAAGGAAGAGAAACAGAAGUGCUAUUCUCGGAAUUCUAGUCGGAGAUUCUGUGCACAAUUUUGUCGAUGGAGUUGCUAUUGGAGUGUCUUGGGCGCAAAGCUGGGAAACUGGUCUGGCAACUUCACUGGCUAUUUUUCUUCAUGAGUUGCCACAUGAGCUGGCAGAUUUCACGAUUUACAUCAAUUUUGGCUUGUCGAAUGCCGCUGCUUUAGGAGCAAAUACAUUCUCGGCUUUCUGGAGCUACGGGGGUCUCUACUUAGGCCUAGCUCUUUCAGAAAAUACAGGUGCGUCCGACUGGCUGAUGGCCUGUGUAAUUGGAUUGUUUUUGUACAUCCCCUUUGUCGACAUUAUGCCAGAAUUGAAGAUACAGAAUGCAUCCGAGAAAAAAUGGCUGCGGCUGCUCAUUCAAAAUUUGGGUAUGCUCGGUGGCUUCGUAAUUAUGGCUGUUAUCGGCAUUGCUGAGGGAACAUGA